AGAAGAAGAAGAAGGAGAAAGGCGAAGAAGAACAACAGGAACGACAAUUAAGAACAAAAAUACAAACAAUAACAAUAAAAAACAACCGUAAUAACAAGAGAAAAAAGAAAAAAAGAAGAAAAAUUUCAUUAAGAACAAAAAAAAGGAUCGAGAAGAAGAAGAAGAAAGGAGAAAGGUGAAAAAGAAGAACAGGAACAAUAAGAACAAAAAUAACCACAAUAACAAUAAAAACAACCCCCAUAACAACCACAAUAACAACAAUAACAACCCCGCAAAUAAUAGGCCAAAAAAAAACCCUAACCGGUCACCCUCCCCAGCUUGUAAACAAAAGGGCUGACAAGGUUACAUUUUCCCCCUAAAUUACCUGUUUUUGCCCAUUUCCCCGCUGGUUACCGUCAUUUCCUGCACGUAGAAGAUAGAGUGAUACCAGUAGAUUAUAAAUACACCAUUCACAGCGCCGGACAUAAGGGGACAAUGGCGUGAGAGGGCGUGAUAAGGUGAAGUCGGGAUGUUCGGAAUUCGCAACUUCCGCAAGAAAGCCUUCCUGGUGGUAGCCGUGGUGGUUGGCUUCAUCCUCCUCGACCAGAUCUACCUCCACAUUUGGCUCUCCUCAUCCGCCUCCACCUCCACCCAGUUCCAGCGGUCGCUCCACCUGGAUGAUGUACGGCAGCUCCUGAGGGCGGGCCAGGAUGCCUCCCUCACCACCAUCCUCUUCGAUCCUGUGAUUCUGGACGCGUGGAAUCGGAACUCACAUGUCGAGGCGCCGGGAGUGUGUAUCUUCCUAUGUCAUGUGGUCGGUCCGCUUACGUUUGCGAUCACUGGUGCGCAGCUGAGGGAUAAGCCUGCAUUCCUGUCCCGCCUGGCACAGCUCGGAUUCACAGUCACCAUUUUUGAGAACCCCGAAGGACAGCGGUCUCAUGUCUUCCUGAUGCGGCAAGGCUCUCCUCUCCACCUCGUCGUCCUCCACUUGAAACCCGCUGAUGAUAUGAUGUCUGGUGGGUACUUGCGGCAAUAUGCGCUGGAGGGCCCCCCGCAUAACAUCGCCCAGGUCAAGCAGUACAUCACCAAGGACUCCUGGAACCAGAUGAAGUUUGACCGAGCGUAUGAGCGAUUCAGCACCAAGGACAAGAAGAUCGAUGGCGUGGACUUAGUGGUGCCAAGUCACGUCGAGUCCUUCCUGACCGACCACCGAAACUCUCACUUCAUUUCCUGCAAUGAAUCACGCGCCGGCUACUACAACCUGAAGUACCUCAAGAACGAAUCGCCGCAGGACACCAGGUUCAAGCACAAGGCGUGGAAGCUGCUCGGAAAGGCCAAAACCCUCCUGGACCAGCUCAAGAUCCCCUUCUGGCUCAGCAGCGGAACUUGUCUAGGAUUUUACCGUCAGUGUGACAUCAUCGCGUGGAGCAAGGACGUGGACCUUGGCGUCUUCAUCGAAGACUUCAAGCCUUCCCUCAUCACCGAGUUUGAGAAGCGAGGACUCCGACUCAUCGCAAAGUUUGGCAAGGUGUCCGACAGCCUGGAGCUUUCCUUCAAGGAGGACGAGGUGAAGCUGGACAUAUUCUUCUUCUACACGGAGGGAGCGACGAUGUGGAACGGCGGAACACAAGCCAGGACAGGGAAGAAAUACAAGUAUGUGUUCCCGGCCUUCACCCUCUGCUGGACGGAGUUUCUGGAGCUCAAAGUGCGGGUGCCAUGCCAGACGGAGGAGUACAUCCGCGCCAACUAUGGGCCCAGCUGGUUCACCCCGGUCACCGCCUGGGACUGGAAGACAUCCCCGCCCAAUGCCAGGGAGAAUGGGGUCUGGCCUGAGUCCGAGCUCUCCGAGGUUAUUGUUUUGACCGGGACAUGAAGGGUUGACGUCAGCUCUGUUCCCGAGGCUACGAAAGGUGAGGUGAGUUGUCGAUGGGUCACCGCCCCUUCGUAAUGAGUUCCAGGCAGCGGAAAAUAUUGUAUUCCCACGUCGAAUUAGUGUAAGGAGUGAUGAAUUGAUCUCCGCUAUUCCAGAAAUAUUCCCAGGUUAUUUAUUGGUUGUCAGUAGUUGCUGUAGACAUUUUAUAAGGACUUGGAAGACAGCAAAAAAGAGUUGAAUUCCCUUGGCGAGUCAGUAUUAAGCGAUGAAUCUGUUUCCACUAUACUCAAAAAAUACUCGCAGGUUACGUAUUGGUCGUCAGUAGUUGCUGUAGACAUUUUAUAAGGACUUGUAAGACAGCAAAAAAGAGUUGAAUUCCCUUGGCGAGUCAGUAUUGAGCGAUGAAUCUGUUUCCACUAUACUCAAAAAAUACUCGCAGGUUACGUAUUGGUCAUCAGUAGUUGCUGUAGACAUUUUAUAAGGACUUACAUGGCUUGGAAGGCAUCAGAAAAAGCUGUAUUCCCUUGGCGAGUCAAUAUUAAGUGAUGAAUCUGUCUCUGCUACUUUCAAGAAAUGUUCGCAGGUUACGUAUUGGUCCUCAGUGGUUGCUGUAGCCAAUUCAUAAGGUCUUCAGAGGCAUCAUAAAAAGCUGUAUUUCCGUGGUGAGUCAGUAUUGAAUGAUGAAUCUCUCCACUACUCUCAAGAAAUGUUCAUAGAUUAUGUAUUUGUAAGCUCCCCGACCAAACACAAAACACGACAAAAAUUCCUUCUAAGUGUUUGCUGUUGAUGUAUAAAAGAGGAAAUUUUAGGGAACCACACAGGAUAUCUCUUUAGUAUCUGGUUAUGGGUAGAAGAAAUAAUCUGUGUGGAGAAUUCAGUUUGGCUUAUAGUCUUCCAAAUAUGUCGAGGCCGGUCUGACAUAGGCUCCCGUGGGUCCUUUCCUCCCCUCUGCUCUGCCACACAGUCCCAACACCUAUCCCUUCCUCUCAUAUGUAAGCUAUAGGUAACAUAUGAGAGGAAGAAAUAGGUGUUGGGACUGUGGCAGAGCAGAGGUGAGAAAUGGACCUGCGGGAGCCAACACCAAAACGGACUCGACAAUUUGGUUUCUCUAUAGGUGGUAACAAUGACUGUGUUCGACUGGCCCAAUGACGUGAACCUUCUCUGCGCUUGGUCCGGUCUUGGUCAGUCAACGCAGCAGCCGUGCACCAAAUCACCGCAUGUUGUCAUCACGCUUAAAGCUUCACUCUCUAGUCUCAAGCUUUAUUGUGUUACUGUGAUAUAAUUUGAAGCAGGGGAGGUGCGGACAGUCACACAAGUUUUACAGUAUGUUCUGAUGUGCCAUUCAUGUGUUGUAUCUCUGGCACCUACACUGUGGGUGCUGUAUGAAGGUCAUGUAUAGGUAAGUGUCUUGUAGAAAGUAUUAAGCACCUUGAGACCAUUUUGAAGGUGUGUACAUGAGAUAAAAUGCUGGGUGUCGUACGAAGGAAGUCACGUGCAGAUCAGUAAUGUGCAGUAAUGAGAGCAUUUUGAAGGUGUGUACAUGAGAUAAAAUGCUGGGUGUCGUACGAAGGGAGUCAUGUGCAGAUCAGUAACGUGCAGUAAUGAGAGCAUUUUGAAGGUUUGUACAUGAGAUAAAAUGCUGGGUGUCGUACGAAGGAAGUCACGUGCAGAUCGGUAAUGUGCAGUAAUGAGAGCAUUUUGAAGGUUUGUACAAGAGAUAAAAUGCAGGUUGCCAUACGAAGGGAGUCAUGUUUAGAUCAGUAAUGUUUAGUGGAAAGUUUUAGGAACAUUGAGAGCAUUUUGAAGGUUUGUACAUUUGAGAUACAAGCAGGUUGCCAUACGAAGGGAGUUAUGUUUAGAUCAGUAAUGUUUAGUGGAAAGUUUUAGGUACAUUGAGAGCAUUUUGAAGGUUUGUACAUUUGAGAUACAAGCAGGUUGCCAUACGAAGGGAGUUAUGUUUAGAUCAGUAAUGUUUAGUGGAAAGUUUUAGGGACAUUGAGAGCAUUUUGAAGGUUUGUACAUUUGAGAUACAAGCAGGUUGCCAUACGAAGGGAGUCAUGUUUAGAUCAGUAAUGUUUAGUGGAAAGUUUUAGGAACAUUGAGAGCAUUUUGAAGGUUUGUACAUUUGAGAUACAAGCAGGUUGCCAUACGAAGGGAGUCAUGUUUAGAUCAGUAAUGUUUAGUGGAAAGUUUUAGGGACAUUGAGAGCAUUUUGAAGGUUUGUACAUUUGAGAUACAAGCAGGUUGCCAUACGAAGGGAGUCAUGUUUAGAUCAGUGUGUAGUAGCAAGUUUAGAACACCUUAAGAGCAUUUUAAAGGUUUGUACAUGAGAGAUAAAAUGCAGGUUGUCAUAUGAAGGGAAUCACAUGUAGAUUAGUGUGCGGUGGAAAGUCUUAGGCACCUUGACGGUUUGUACAUGUGAGAUAAAUGCAGGUUGCCCCGUGCAGCCCAACACAAGGACGAGGUUGAUUGAGGAGGCUGUGGCACGCUCCGGGGACGUCCUAUCAUUAGUAUCGCAAACAAAUUUACUGUAGUUUCAGAUUCACUAAAUAUCUGUAUAGUGCAGCACUUUAUAAAGACUUCCUUGGCUGUUAUAAACUCUGCUUGCCUCAAGUGUAAACAUUUGUAUAGCUUGUUGAGCCAUUUUGAUAAAUAAAUAAUUCUAAUGACU